UAACUUAUAACAUACAGAGCUCGGCGAGUGACAAUAACACGUGUGAGAGGAGAGUGGUGUAAAGUUUAGAAAAAAAAACCUACUGACUUAUAAGACUUAAGCAAACACCCAUCAUGGAAGUGAGAAGACUGAAGAUGGAGGAGUUUCAGCUGGUGCAUGAAAUGGAUGCCAAAAAUGUCAAAGAUCCAGAGUCAUCAGCGAAUGCCUUAGCAAGUGGCAGAAUAGAGAUCAUCAGCAUGGAUCCCCUGGAGAUGGAGCUGGACUUCAUUGGUUAUGACAUUUCCAUUAUCAAUGCUUACAGGAGAAUAAUUCUAGCAGAAGUAGCAACAAUGGCAAUAGAGAAGGUGUACAUGUACAACAACACCAGUAUUGUCCAGGAUGAAGUUCUAGCACACAGACUUGGCUUGGUUCCCUUGAAGGUUGACCCAAGAUUUUUCGAGUUCAGGAAUAAAGAUGAGACUGAGUGGGGUGCGCAGGAUUCUGUCAAGUAUGAAAUGAAGGUUCGCUGCACAAAAAACCAAGAAGCAUCAGCCAAUGAGACAAAUGCAGAUGUUUUGUAUGUCAACAGGAAAGUUCUGUCAUCCAGUCUGAAGUGGGUCCCAUUAGGAAAUCAGCCAGACAUUUUCCAGGAAUCCAACAUGCAGCCCCUCCACCAAGAUAUUCUCCUAGCCAAGAUGAACUGUGGGCACGAGAUAAACUUAGAAGCUUUUGCUGUAAAAGGUAUUGGCAGUGACCACGCCAAGUUUCAGCCUGGCAUGUGCUGGUACCGCAUGUUGCCAGAAAUAGAGAUUACACGAGAGGUGGAAGGCAAACAAGCAGACCUCCUUCAGACGUGCUUCUCUCCUGGAGUGAUAGAUAUUGUUACCACAGCUAAUGGGAAAAGAAUUGCAAAAGUAAAGGAUGCCCGAAAUGAUUCCUGCUCUCGAAAUGUAUUCCAGCAUGACAGUAUCAAAGAUGCAGUGAAGCUUACCAGGAAGACAGACCACAUCAUUUUUUACAUGGAAUCACACAGUGUACUGAAGAGUUAUGAAAUUUUGGAAGAAGCAGUCAAGAUUAUGAGUGCCAAGUGUGACACACUGCUGGGAGAAAUUGAGAAACACUUGGAGACACCAAUGGAGACGUAACUAGGAGUGUGCAUGAAUGAUGGAGCAUUUUACUGCUACUUCAUUCACUGCAUUUACUUUCAUAUUAUAUUAGUGUAAUUAACAAAUUAAAUCUUAUGUAAAA